UGGUCAGAAAUAAAGAGGACCAGACAUGGGGAGGUAGAUUGAGGGAAUUUACAACUGACCAUUUGAGGACAAUUACAACUGACAUCUGGUCACUUAUUACGUUAUCAGAGUGGGAUAUAUCACAGUAGGAAAAUAAAUGUAGUUGACUGGGAGAGAAAGACUGAGAGUUGGAUGGAUUUGAUACUGGCUUGGAAGGAAGGAAAGGGAAAUUCAAUUUGGGAGUAGAGCGAGGCUGAAGAUAUUAGGCAGGGGCGUUGACCAAAACAACAGAAGAGUUUGUAAUAUCUUCCAAAGUGCCAAAGGAUCAACUUCUAGGACUUCUGCGAUGUCUCAUCCACAACUGUUUCUUCUUUUCUUGUGCUGUCUUCCUCUGGCAGCACCUCUGUGUUGUUACACAUGUGUGUUUCCUGCCAUCUCUCCCAUGGACUGCCUCAAGUUCCCCCAGGAGUGUCCUGCUGGACAGCGCUGCCUAGCUAGCACUGCAGUGGGGACGCGAGGCUCCCUGCGUCUGGUCCUGUAUGAGAAGAGCUGUGCCAUUCCCUCCCAAUGUGGUCUGUCUGGGGAGAAACAUACUGCAGGCCUGAACUUCACCUACCACAACAACUGCUGUGACACUGACCUGUGCAACGGGGCUAUGGCCCAUGCUGCCCCCAUCUGGAGGGGAGGUGCACUGUGCAUCCUGCCUAUUCUCUCUCUCAUACCGGGCUGAUAUACUGAUUUAUUGCAUGUUAUAUGCAAAUGCACAAUCGUACAAUAACAUGCACAACCUAUAUAUGUCAUGGCGUGAAUCCCACUAACCAAAACAAUCUUAGUAUAGACAUACACAGUGUGACAAACUGACAGUGCCUCGUUUACAUGAGCUGCUUACAGACAAUAGACACACACACACAUAUAUCACACUAUUUUAAUGACAACGUAACUAGAGACAAAACAUAAUGUUGAUGAAAAUGGUACUUUGUGAAGAACCUUUGUUUAAAUAAGGGUUAGCUUUCUAAUGUUUAGACUUUUCAACUGUGCUAUAUUUAACAUUACCUUGUUGGAAAAUGACUGGCAGCAAUUAAUAAACAGACAAACAAA